GAUUGCGUUAUUUCUGUGCUCUACAACCUGUUAAAAUGUAACUGUUUGAAAAUGGCCAGCGAACACACCGUGCAAAUACUGGGGAUUUGUGCAGCAAUUUAAUCAGGACGCAUGAGUAGGGUUGUACCACAAAGUGUCAUGACCGGCAGCUGAUAAAACAUUAAGCGAAGGACCGAGCCUUUUGAUGCCUCCACCUUCUUACAGGCUCUGCCAUGGCAGCGGGUGUCAGUCUACUGAGUGACGUGCCCUAUUCCAACAACAGCAGUGCAGGGAACAGUGGAGAGCACACCACUGACAUGGAGCCAGAUUUCAGACCCAGUGUCAGAGUCCCCACAGCAAAGUACACCAAGGUGGGCGAGACCCUGAGGCAUGUAAUCCCAGGCCAUAUGCAGUGUUCCAUGGCGUGUGGAGGUCGAGCUUGCAAGUAUGAAAACCCAUUGCGCUGGAGUGAUGAAGAACAGGCCAUCAAGGGACUUUACUCCUCUUGGAUCACUGACAACUUAUUAGCCAUGGCAAGGCCAUCCACUGAGAUUAUUGAAAAAUACAACAUCAUCAACCAGUUCUCGGGAUGCGGACUAAAGACCAUAAUUAACCUGCAGCGCCCAGGAGAGCAUGCCAGCUGUGGCUACCCUUUGGAGCCAGAGAGUGGGUUCACAUACCGCCCAGAGGUCUUCAUGGAGGCAGGGAUCUAUUUCUACAAUUUUGGAUGGAAAGACUACGGUGUAGCCUCUCUUACAACAAUCCUAGACAUGGUGAAAGUCAUGUCUUUUGCUGUUCAGGAAGGAAAGAUGGCCAUUCACUGUCAUGCUGGGCUUGGAAGAACAGGUGUUCUCUUGGCCUGCUAUUUAGUGUUCACAUCACGGAUGAGUGCAGACCAAGCCAUCUUAUUUGUGCGAGCAAAGCGUCCAAGCUCAAUACAGACACGAGGCCAGUUAUUGUGUGUGCGUGAGUUUGCACGCUUUGUAGCGCCGCUGCACUGUGUGUUCUCGAGUGUUGAACCACGAGCACAUGCUGUCACACUGUCACAGUACCUGACACGUCAGCGACACCUACUGCAUGGCUAUGAGGCUCGCCACAUGAAGCAUGUGCCAAAGAUAGUUUACCUGGUCUGCAAGCUCCUGCUAGACAUUGCUGAGAACAAACACACAGCAGAGGAAAAAUACCUGUCUGAGAUUCCAGACCUGACAGCUGAGGUAGAGAAGACCAUAUCGCAACAGGCCUUGCAGCAGCUAGGAAAGGAGAUGAGGGGGAAGGGCAUCCUUUUGACUUCACCCCACUCCUUGCAAUCCUCCACUCCCCCUCCUGAGCAGGUUGAGAAUUUAAAUGAUAUUAAUAAAGCUCAGAUAUUCCGAAGCUUCAGCGACUCUGCUCUGCACACACUGGGCUCUAGGUCUAAGAGGUUUGGAUGGCAUCCAGGCUUGUCAGACCUCCUGAAUGAACACUGUGUAUUUCAGAACAGGUUAGCAGAAUCUUCAGAUGUUCAGGUCUCCAGACCCCUGUUGACUCCUGAAAACUCUAUUACCUCUAAACCCGACUAUCUAACUGGAUCCUCAGCCUCGCUUGACGAACCGAAAAGAGAGCUUGAACACAUGCCUCCCUCACCAGUUUGCAGGAAGCGGAUACCAUUGAGAGAGACAAAGCGCAGCAGGUCUUUGGGAUUUUCAAGGAGUAGUGCAGCCAUAAUGCCCAGGUUGCUAAGAGAAGAAAAGUUAAACCAGGGUAAUAAAAAGCAAGGCACUUGUACAGGCAGCAGUGAAGCAGGAAAUGUGCCUUUCCUCUUGCUCCAGACUGAGCUUUCUCCAGAGGUUCGUCAUGUUCUCGUGGCUAGGGCUCUCUUGAUGGAUGUAGAAGAGGAAAAUCUACGGAAUGCCAUUUCCGUGUGGCAGACAGAGUUAAAUUGCAGAGAAGGGGCAUGGGAGAAGUUGUGCAUAGAGCGCGAUCCACUGCUGCUCUCUGCUCUCAUGUGGUCAUGGUUGGAGCAGCUGAAGGAGCCAGUCAUCACCAAAAAGGAUGUGGAAGCACUAUGUCAGAACAGCCACAAUCCUUUACAAGCCCUCAGCAUCAUGGACAAGGGCCACAAACAAACCCUUCUGUGUAUCCUGGACUGUGCUGCACAUUUAAUGAAACUGCCGGACGAAGUUGAAAUGGCUGUUCUUCAUCGUACAAUCAAAGCAUUCACUAGGGUUAACUAUGAUUCAGAGAAUGGACAGCUGAUCCAUAAAGCUCUUAUGGAAAUUCUAGUCCCAGUUUUAAGUGAUAUGAGAAGAAAAGCAAUAGACGUAAUCCAGAGUUGAGUGUCCAUAUCCAUAAAUUACCCUGAUCAUUGUGGCUAUAUACAUACUGCACUAAUAUUUUUGAAAGAAUUAUGUUGUGUUUUUCUGUGAAGUGUUGGUGUCAGCAAGCUUGAUGUUCUUAAACGGUGCUUUGUUGUUAUUGUUAUUCUUUAAAUCCAUGUAAUUUAAUGUCUCAUAAUGCACACAUCAGAUUGGGCGAUUUUUUAGUUAAAAGUACUGCCAUAUAUACUGUAUGUGUGCCAUAUGUAUAUUGUUCUCUCAAUUGUUGUUACUCACUAGCAUUUUGGCAUUGUAUAUUUAUCUAACUAACAGCACUAUUUAUUAAGAAAUAUCUAAUUGUUUAGUUAUUACUUUUGCAUUCUUACAUCAUGUCAUAAUACUCACAAUAUUGUUUGCCUCAUGUUUUUUUAAAUGUACCUCCACUUUUUAAUAUACAAAACCAAAUACAUUGACUGUGCAACAUAUUUUCUUACAUAUUUGUAUAUGUAGAGUAAAGCAAUUUUAGGAAAACAAAAACCACUUCAAGGUUUGCUCUGUUAGGUGUAGUAACCUGUAGCUGAUGUAUGCUAUUUAUUCAUGCAAAUCCAGUUAACACUUUAAGGCCAAAGGUAUUUGCACACCUGACCAUCACACCUGUGGGCUUGUUGGACGUUCCAAAACCAUGGCCAUUAAUAUGGACAUGGCCCCUUCAUUUGCAACUAUAUCAUAUUCCCUCUUCCGGGAAGGCUUUUUAUUAGAUUUUGGAGUGUAUCUUUGUAAUUUUUUGCCCACUCAUUCAAAAGCAUUUGUAUGAUAAGGCACUGAUUUUAGAUUACAAUGCCUGGCUUACAACUGACUUUCCAGUUAAUUCUAAAAGUGUCCAGUGUGGCUAUGGUCAGGGCUCCAUACAGGACACUAGGCUUUCUCCUCACCAAAUUACAUGUCUCACCAAGACUUAAAACAUGCCUUUAUGAACUUUCUUUUGUGCACAAAGUUUGGGGUCUUCCACAAACUUUUGCCACAAAGUUGUAAGCAUACAGUUGUCUAAAAUAUCUUUCCAUGCUGUAGCAUUAAUGUUCGAACCCUUCAUUAGAACUAAGUGGCCAAGCCCAAACCCAAAAGAAUGGCCCCAGAUAAUUAUCCCCUGCAGGGUCUUGGCCAUGGAAACCCAUUUCAUGUGGCUUAUAAUGCACAGUUCUUGUUCCAGAGGCAGCUUGGAACUCUGUAGAGAGUGAAGCGAAUUUGCAUAGACAGAUGCUUACUGGCUGAGCUGUUGUUGCCCAUUGACACUUACAGUUCAUGAUAAUAACACAUACAGUUGACCUGGGAAAAAUUUUAGGAAAUACUGCCAUAGUUUGUCUAUUGAGAUUACAUGGCUGUGUACUGUCUAUAAUUAGGAGGGGUGCCCACAUACUUUUGGCCAUAUAGUGUAUAUAUUUCAGCAUUGCCUUCACAACACAGCUGAAAUUUAACAUGGUAUCUGGAAUUGUUUGUAUGUUACAGAACUGCCCCUCCUGUGUCUAAGCUUUUGCAGAAUAUAUUCUGCCUCAUUUUAAUGGCAUUAUUUUCUACUAAGCUGCUGUUUUGUAAAUGGUCGACACUGUUGACAAAAAGCACUGUAGCUAACUAGAGUUUAAACUUCAACCUCAUUCUUUUACUGAAUGUAUAUGAUCUUUUAAGUUAACAUUAACCUGAACUAGUGGAAAAUUGCAAAAGCAUCUGAUUUCAGAUGUGUAAAUGACAGACUAUUGAGGAUUUCAAGGCACUUAUUGUUCUUAUCUACAUGCCAAUAAAAUAAACUUUA